UUGCGUAGUGUGCUCGCCGCCGCGGCCGGAGCGGCGGCGGUGGCGGCGGGGAGGGAAGAUGGCGGCGCCGGUUCGAGCCGUCACCCGGGCGACGCGGCGGCCCCGGGGUCCGCGGCCCUGAGGACCCGGCCCAGCCGCGGCGGGCGCCGGCCGGCGGCAGGUUUACCCCAAAAAUCCUGCGUUGGCGUUGGGCAGCGCCAAGGCAGAGGGUGUGGAGUCCGGUGGCUGCCCCGAAGGAUCACGUCUCCCGUGUGUAAAAACAAAGCUGUGAAGUGGAAUGCCAUGGCCAGUUCCUCGGACAGUGAAGAUGACGGUUUCAUGGCUGUGGAUCCAGAAGACGCCGUGGUCGAAGGGACAAUGGAGCAAGACGAUGAGCCGCACGCUGAGCUGGAGGUCGAGGAGACAAGGCAUAACAGAUCAAUGUUGGAGCUCCCAGAAGAGGUUUUGGAAUAUAUCCUCUCCUUCCUUUCACCCUAUCAGGAGCACAAAACUGCUGCCCUUGUCUGCAAACAGUGGUAUCGACUAAUCAAAGGUGUGGCCCAUCAGUGUUAUCACGGCUUUAUCAAAGCAGUGCAAGAAGGAAAUAUUCAGUGGGAGAGUCGCACUUACCCCUACCCUGGCACCCCCAUCACACAACGCUUCUCACACAGUGCGUGUUACUAUGACGCUAACCAGUCGAUGUACGUGUUCGGUGGCUGCACGCAGAGCAGUUGUAACGCCGCCUUCAACGACCUCUGGAGACUCGACCUGAAUAGCAAGGAGUGGAUCCGGCCCCUGGCAUCAGGUUCGUACCCCUCGCCCAAGGCUGGGGCCACGCUGGUGGUCUACAAGGACUUGCUUGUGCUUUUCGGUGGGUGGACGCGGCCAAGCCCUUACCCUCUGCACCAGCCAGAGAGGUUCUUCGAUGAAAUCCAUACGUACUCACCCUCCAAAAACUGGUGGAACUGCAUUGUGACCACCCACGGCCCCCCUCCCAUGGCGGGACACUCCUCCUGUGUCAUCGAAGACAAAAUGAUCGUCUUUGGGGGUUCGCUAGGAUCUCGGCAAAUGAGCAACGACGUCUGGGUGCUGGAUCUCGAGCAGUGGGCUUGGUCCAAGCCCAACAUCUCUGGGCCCAGCCCUCACCCGCGAGGUGGCCAGUCUCAGAUCGUGAUAGACAACGAAACCAUUUUAAUCCUCGGUGGCUGUGGUGGUCCCAAUGCACUGUUUAAAGACGCCUGGUUACUGCACAUGCACGCGAACCCCUGGACGUGGCAGCCGCUCAAGGUGGAGAAUGAAGACCACGGAGCCCCGGAGCUGUGGUGCCAUCCUGCCUGCAGGGUAGGACAGUGCGUUGUGGUCUUUAGCCAAGCUCCCAGCGGGAGAGCCCCGCUGAGUCCCAGCUUGAACUCCCGUCCCUCUCCCAUCAGUGCCACACCGCCCGCCCUGGUGCCCGAAACGCGGGAAUACCGCUCUCAGUCUCCCGUCAGGAACACGGACGAGGCUCCCUGCGUCAACGGCCGCUGGGGCACCUUGCGACCCCGAGCGCAGCGGCAGACCCCCUCGGGAUCCCGGGAAGGCAGCCUCUCCCCAGCCAGAGGGGACAGUUCCCCUGUACUCAACGGUGGGAGUUUAUCGCCCGGAGCCACGGUGGCCGGCGGUGCCUCCUUGGACAGCCCCGUGCAGGUCGUAUCGCCCAGCACGCCUUCCGCGGCUGAAGGAUACGACCUAAAAGUGGGGCUCGCCCUGGUGCCACGACGGGGAUCGCUGCCGGAGCAGAAAGACCUGCGUUUGGGCUCCGUCGACCUGAGUUGGGAACAAAAACCGGGUUCCAUCAUCUGCCAGAUGGACGGUGUGGAGGGCAGGACAGUCGGUGCGAGCGUGAGGAACCCCCCCGAGCAGACCAACGGCAUCCACACGCCGCCCCACGUCGCCAGCUCCCUUCCAGGGGCUGUCUCCCCCAGCGCGCUCCGGAGGAGCCUGGAGGCCGUCAAAGCCCUCUCUUCCAAAGGCUCCUCAGCUUCUGCGGCGUUGAGCCCUCCCCUGGCUUCUUCCCCGGGGUCCCCGAGUGCCGAGACGGGCUCAGCGGCGCGUCCGGGCUCUACCCAAGGUGACGGCCAUUCCUUACCUCCCAUCGCCCGCCGCCUGGGCCACCACCCUCCCCAGUCCCUCAACGUGGGGAAGCCUUUAUACCAGAGCAUGAACUGCAAACCCAUGCAGAUGUACGUGCUGGACAUUAAAGACACCAAGGAAAAAGGACGAGUGAAAUGGAAAGUGUUCAACAGCAGUUCGGUGGUGGGGCCGCCCGAAACCAGUUUACACACGGUGGUGCAAGGUAGAGGGGAGUUAAUCAUAUUCGGUGGCCUCAUGGACAAGAAACAAAACGUCAAAUACUAUCCCAAAACAAAUGCCUUGUACUUUGUGCGAGCAAAAAGAUAAUGCGGCCCGAGCCCUUCGCCGCCAUCACCUUCUCCCCUCCCUCCCCGCGGCUCCUCCCCCUCCUUCCCAAGCCCUUACUCUGUCACGCAGGCGUUCAAACUGUGAAUUAGGGAGCAAGAAACCAAUAAAGUCCCAGCAAAACGUCCAGCGCUGCCCCGCCGGUUCCCGGUAAGACGCCAGUAAAGCGAAUCGUGUUUACAGGCAGGGAAGGACCCGUGCCGCUGCCAUCUAAGCCAAGGAUUUUGGCCCGAGCAGGUGGGGAAAUCUGCCAUCCGGUGUCCUCUCGAGGCUGGUUUUAUUUUCCAGGGGUUUGAGAGGCUUCGUACGUCUCCAAAACUCCUCACGGGAUGUGAGUAAAAGUGGUUUGAUACAAACCAAACCCCGGCAGCAGGCGGCUGCUAGCUUGCACGCACUGAUUAUUUCCGUGCUUGACUCCAUAAGGGAAAACAACAGCAAUACCCGACCAGGAAUCUUCCAGCGCUGCGAACCUUUGCUCGACACAAACACGAUGCCUUUUUUUUUUCUUGCCUCUCACUCCUUCGGCCUGGCACUCUCGUUCCUGUCCUCUGUACAGGACCGCAAGAAGGAAGGACAGGUUCUUUUGUGUCAAAAUGCCAAAAAUGUUAAGAAUUAGCCGGGCGUUGGUAUCCUCCCCUCCCUGCCCUGUGCUGGAUCAGGCUUUGGGAUUAACCCUGAUCCCUCCUGAUCAGCAAAAAAGCACCCCGUUUACUCUAAAAAUCCAUUAUUCCCCCAAAGCUGAGAAAUUUGGCUGCCUGUUCCCUUCUAGACUUGAAGGCAUCAUUUCACUCAACAGCCCAAACCUGUUCAAGGCUGAACCAGCACCUUGUAGCCUGGGAACAGGGGCUUUUUUUGCAGCCAGAAGAAUGACUAUUGGUAAAUUUGAGGGCCUGAGCAGCCCCGGUAGCAGUAACUGCAUCUCAUCUUUGCACGUGCCUCCUUCCAUAAAGAUUAAAACAGAUGAAAAGCCGAAGGGAUUGAACCUGUGUGUCCUUCUGGGACCGCUUCCCUCCUUCCCUUUCCCCUCGAGGUGAUCGGGGGGGUGGAAAAAUGGGUGGAUUCUGCCAGGUUUUGGUCAACAACCCAAAGCAGGGACCCUCCCCAAACCGGCAGUGCCAUGACGUGGCCACUUUUCCCCUCCCUUUUAUUUACCCGCUCCGUCCCCACUGAGCUUUUUGCCGGUUGGAGCCUUAAAUCGCAUCCCAGCCGCAUGGGGAUGGGGAGGGCUUUACUUCAGCUGUGGCGUUUCCACCUCUGUAAAUAAAUCUCUCGUUCAAUCCAGGCUCUCCCGCGCCAAUCCCGAACGUAUUUGAUUUGUCCUAAGGGAAGGCAAAACGCAAUUUUUACCCCCAAAACCUCAGGAGCACCUAGGGUGAUCUACGAAACAUUUCUUCUCCUCUUCAAGCUUUGCCGCGGGGAAGGCGGUCGGGGCUUCAGCAUCAACUCCCUCCUCCCCUUUGCACGUUUCUUAUCAUCCACCCUAAUAAAGAAGAGUCAGAAACGGGAUGGAUGGCGGAUCGGGUUGGGUUGACGUCCUCCCUCCGAGGAGCGCCCCUCAAGGGCUGUUUUCCCAACACUUACGUGGUUUCCGGUCCCAAAAUCCCCCCGACUGGUCCCAAACCCGUCGAGCGGCCGGGGCCUUCCCUCCUCCAUCCCUGUCGGUCGCGGAAAGGCAUGUUCUGCGCCAGUAAUGAUAAAUUCACCCCAAAUUUUGACAGGUGCACCCCCGCCCCUCCCCAUGAGCUGCUGGUGCUGUGAGCGAGGUUCCCCCCACCCCCCCUGCGACUCAGGUGUUCCCCCACUUCGUCGCCCCCGGCUCGGCCGAGCGUAGGAAUGAAAAGGGUUUUGGUGAUAUUUAAAAUCUUGUGUACAUUUGGGGGGGGGGGGGUUGUUAAUGGGUUCCUUCCCCUCGAUCCCGAUUAAUUUUUAGCAGUUUAACAAAUAAAAAGGAAAAGAAACA